AUGGACACGCUCGAACGUUUCGCCGAAGCGAAGCUGGCUGCGCUCUCGGAGCAGCAGCUGCGCCGCACCCUCCACGAGACCGCGCCCUGCGGACCCGUCCGGGUCAAGCGGAACGGGCGCCCGCUGAUCUCGUUCUGCAGCAACGACUACCUCAACCUGUCGCAGCACCCGGCGGUCAAGCGGGCGGCGGUCGAGGCCACCGAGCGCUGGGGCGCCGGAGCCGGCUCGUCGCGGUUGGUAACGGGCAACCAUCCCCUCUUCGCGGAGCUGGAGCGCCGCCUGGCCCGGCUCAAGGGCACGGACGACGCCUGCGUCUUCGGCUCAGGCUACCUCGCCAACCUCGGCAUCGUUCCGACCCUUGUCGGCGCCGGCGACCUGAUCGUCGCGGACGAAUUGAGCCACGCGUGCCUGCGCGCGGGCGCGGCGCUUUCGAGGUCGCACGUGGAGAUCUUCCGUCACAACGACCUCGACCAUGUGGAGGACCUGUUGGCGACCCACCGCGCCAGCCACGAGCGCGCGUUGCUGCUGACCGACGGCGUGUUCAGCAUGGACGGCGACCUCGCACCGGUCGCGGCGCUCGCCGAGAUCGCGGCGGCCCACGACACAUGGUUGAUGACGGAUGAUGCCCACGGAUCGGCGUGCGGCGGCGCCAAGACCGAGGUGCCGCUGCAGAUGGGCACGCUGUCGAAGGCGGUCGGCAGCUAUGGCGGCUAUCUCUGCGCGUCGCAGGCGGUGAUCGACCUGAUCCGCACCCGGGCGCGGCCCUUCAUAUACUCCACCGGCCUGCCGCCAGGCGUGGUUGCGGCAGGCAUCGCGGCCCUGGACCUGAUCGCGAACGAUCCCGGCCUGGUGGCGGCGCCGCUGCGCAAGGCGGCCUUCUUCUGCGCCCGCCUCAACCUCCCGGCGCCGGAGAGCUGCAUCGUGCCGAUCCUGCUCGGUGAGCCGGAGCGCGCCCUCGCUGCAUCGCGGCUGCUGGAGGAUGAGGGCUUUCUCGUCACCGCAAUCAGGCCGCCGACGGUGCCGGAGGGCACGGCGCGGCUCCGCCUCACCUUCAGCGCGGGCCAUGACGAUGCCGACAUCGAGUGGCUGGCCGACAUCGUGCGCGAACGCAUCCUCGAUCAUGACGAGCGAUGA